AGUUUUCACGCACACUCUUUUCCGCCAUUCACUACGGUACUUCUCCUUGCUCUGAGAGCUACCCACUUAUCAGUCUGUCCUUUGAUUCCUUUUAAUUCUUGCUUAAUCCUCACUGCUCUUUAAGCCAAUUCCACUCCUUCUCAGCAAACCUCUACUACAUUCUUUUAUUAAUCAUGAAAAUUUCCGUUGCCAGUGCCUUUAUGGCUGCCAUGAUGGCUACUGAGGCCGCCAUUGCUGCCCCCUUGGAAGCAAGAGCACCAAAAGUCUCAUACUUUUUUGGUUUCAAUAUCGGAGCCAACAAGCCAAAUGGUGACUGUAAAUCGACGCAGGAUUGGACCGAUGAGUUUAACGCGAUCAAAUCCUGGAACCCGGAGUUCACGGCUAUCAAGCUCUUCAGCACAACUGAUUGCUCGACUCUCGCCAAUGCCGUCCCUGCAGCCAAAGCGACUGGACUCAAGAUCUGGGCUGGUGUGUGGGCUGUCGACAAGGAAAAGUUUGGGAGGGAAAAGGCUGGUCUUGAACAGGCUAUUAGGGACCAUGGCACGGAGUGGUUGGUCGGUGUCAAUGUUGGAUCGGAGUCACUUUAUAGAAAGGAGAUCCACCCCGGUGUUUUGGCCGAACAGAUCUGGGAUGUCAAGGGGAUGGUCCAGACCGCCCUCGGCGCUUCCCACAUUCCUGUUGGAUCCGCCGAUACCUGGACCUCAUGGGUCGACGGAGCCAAUGUUGAUGUCAUAAAGGCUUGCGAUGUUAUCGUUAUGAACGCAUUCCCGUACUGGCAGGGUGCUCAGGUUGAUGGCUCUCAGGAUGUCUUUCAGAAAGCUGUUAGCAACACCAAGGCUGCAAUUGGCGAAGACAAGCAACUCAUUAUUGGCGAGACCGGAUGGCCUACUGGUGGGCCCGACUUUGGCGCCGCCCACCCUAAUGUUGAGAAUCUCCAGAAGUUCUAUAAGUCUGCUGGCUGCAGUCUUCGUAGUUCUAAGACCCCUCACUUCUGGUUCAGUGCUUUCGAUGAGCCUAACAGGGGAAGUGAUAUCGAGAAGAACUUUGGCAUUGCUACCUCUGAUCGUAAUCUCAAGAUCAAUGUCACCUGCUAAACGUAUUAAUAUUGUUUGCUCAAGAUUUUUAAACGCUGGGUGAAGGGUCGCGAAAAGGUUUAUUUUCUUAGAUUACACUGUUUUUACAUACUGGGGGGUUUCCGGCUGGCAAUGGGCCAGACCGGAGUAGUUAGACCUAAUUCAGACGAGCUUAGACCUA